CAAAUCUCGUCCCACGCAGCGGAGCUUCAGCUCUUCUCGCCGCACCAGCGACUUGUCACCAAAGAUGGCGAUUUGCUGAGUGCUCAUGGAUACACACAUUUCUCGGCUCGUCGUUGUCUCCCCAGAAACGCCAAACUUAACAACAAAUUAACUGCUCAGCGACCGACUAUUUCUCCGCUGGAUGCCCUUCUGACCGCAACCAUGCAGAUCACGCUGAAAACGCUGCAACAGCAGACCAUCCAGAUCGAGAUAGACCCCGAGCAAACGGUGAAGGCCUUAAAAGAGAAGAUAGAAACGGAAAGAGGAAAAGACAACUUUCCCGUAUCUGGGCAGAAGCUGAUAUAUGCCGGAAAGAUCCUGCAAGAUGACACGCCCAUUAAAGACUACAACAUUGAUGAGAAGAACUUUGUGGUGGUGAUGGUUUCCAAGGCUAAGCCCACCGCCGCAGCUGCCGCUGCCGCUGCCACCUCGCCCCCGGCCUCGGAAGCCCCCAAACCCUCUGUGCAGGACUCUGGCUCCACGUCGACAGCUGUCCCGGCUACAACCUCGGCCCCAGUCGCUGCCCCGGCAGCUGUCCCCAUUCCCCCCGAGGAGGCCAAAGAGGAGCCAAGCGCCGACGCCACGGAGCCGCAGCCGGCCAGCUCCAGCGCCGCCGGUCAGGGUUUGGAUGCUUCCUCAGCGCUCGGUAGGUAACGCACAAAGUCCUUUUAGACAAUAGAAUGUCAUAAAUGGGUUCACACCACAGAAUUCAGUGUAAAUGUAGG